AUGUCACACAACGAAAUCUGGGACGACUCGGCCUGUGUGGACUCGUGGAAUGAGGCCCUUGAAGAAUAUAAGCAUUAUCAUUCUCUACAUGCUCGCGGCGAAAAAGUUGAAGACGCAAUUGCCGAUUAUGAGAAUGAAAGCAACUCGAAAACUGCCGAACGCAUAACGCAGGAGAAUGGCGCCCCAGAGGAAACAGACGCCAGCAUGAUAUUGGAAGACUCCGAGGGACCGAGGGUAAGGAAAGGAGAGGAAAACUCGUCAUCACAGCAAGAGCAUGAGGUGAGCGAUAAGGUUUCCCUUGGCGAAGGAGAUGGACAAAGCACUACGAAACCAAACGGUGGCACUUCCUCAGCACAGCCACCGUUGCCGCAGCAUCUUAUUGGAGCAGUUGGUGACGAAAAUCUGAAGAACCUCUUAAUGUCAUGGUAUUACGCGGGCUACUACACGGGCCUGUAUGAGGGGCAGCAGAAAGUCAGGCCGGCGGAUGAGGGAAAUUAA